AGUUGAAUCAAUUAUCCUUACGUUUCCACUUGUCUAUUUCUUUCCCAUUGAAAUAAAUGAGAAUACCCAAAUUGACACUCAAUAGACUUGUGUCUAGUUUUUUCAUUGAAAGAAAGGAGAAUACCCAAAUCAGCACUCAAUCGCUCAGGUAAGGCACAGAGGUGGAUGGAAAAUGUUAGGAUAAGUGACUUAAAACUCAAAAUUGAAAAUGACUAGAGAUGAUUAAUUGAAAAUUUUCAUGAAUAAGGUGACUUUCUUAUUUUAUAUAGAUGAUAAGUAUUUGUGUGGAUUUGAUUAUUAUAAAUUGUGAACUUAGUUAAUACAUCAUAUAAGUAUAACUUUCUUAUUUUAGACGGAUCGUAGAGAUAAAUUUUAAAAUGAAAAGCAUAACACAUUGUAAAAGCACGCCUCCGCGGCUCCGCUCCCACCCGCCAAAAAAACCCGUCGAGUAAUUCCGGUUAGUUUUUAUAAUAAAAGUCGUGUAUAAAUAUCGAUUAUUUGAAAAUGAAAAGCAUAACCCUCGCACCCACACGCCUCCGCUCCCACCCCCGCGCGCGAUUUAAAAAUCUACGACGAGCAAUUCAUUCUUCGUACUCGGAAGGAAAAUCAUCAGAUUUGGAUCAGAGAUGAAGUAAGAGAAUGCUAAAGGAGGACGGAAAUAGAGAGAUGGACUGAAGCAUCCGGACGAUGAGUAUCCGAUGAUCGAUAACGGUGAAGAUGGCGGCGAGCAGGGCGGAGAAGCAGAUUUCUCCGCCGCGGACACCGGUAUUGUGGAUUUUGCUACAUCAUUCUCCGAAAGGCGCCGCUGCUUCGAUCUCGCAUUCAACAGCUCCAUAUCGAGCUUCUCGAUGCAGUGGUACUGUAAAGGACAGCAAGGUUCUCAUGGACCAGUUCCAUUGUGUCCCCACUGCCUUUUUGGAGCUUGGAGCCUUGGAGCAAAUAAAUUUUGGGAAUAUGGAGCACCGAUUGUGUAUGAAAGUGAUGUAUACUUGGCCUGUUCUGGAGUUAUUAAGAGGGGCAAUUGAUGACAUUACAAUGAGGGGGUGCACUGCAGUAAACUUCCUGAAACGCACGCUAACAAAUGCUUUAUCAAAGAAGGUUGUUGACUUAAAUGUUUGAUUUGCAAUAUACUUCUCUCAGUAGGUUUAGAGCUAUUUCCAAGAGAAGAAUCCAAGCACUUAAAAAUGGUGUGGUAGUAAUGAUAUCUGAGCAAAGGCAAGCUUAUCAACUACUCAAAAUCACACAAUGUAUGCGGACGGACUCAAGCUUGAGAUCUAGCACAAAGAAAGCAUGCCAAGUUGACCAUAUGGGUGUUUUCAAAUGACAACCAUUAAUGUAUUAGAAUCAUGCCAAUGUCAAUCAAUUUCCUAAAUCAUAUGUAAAUUUCUGAAAAAAUACCUAAUACUUGUGCAACCAGGUAAUGCUGUUUUAGACCUUCUAUGGUGUGAUGUAUUAUACAGCAAUAGAACAGAACAUUGCCGGUGGGUAACUAGGUAACUAACAGGAAUAAAAAGAUUUUGAUUUACUUCAAGUAAA